GGAGACAGCAGAGAUGGGGAGUGGAAUCAGUGCCGAGGACAAAGAACUUGCCAAGAGGUCCAAGGAGCUGGAAAGGAAGCUGCAGGAGGAUGCUGAGAAGGAAGCCAAGACGGUCAAGCUGCUGCUGCUUGGUGCUGGGGAGUCAGGAAAGAGCACCAUCGUCAAACAGAUGAAGAUCAUUCACCAGGAUGGAUACUCUCCAGAAGAAUGCCUAGAGUUCAAAUCUGUCAUCUAUGGGAACGUGUUGCAGUCCAUCCUGGCUAUCGUCAGAGCCAUGGCCACACUAGGCAUCGACUAUGCAGAACCAAGCUGUGCGGAUGCGGGUCGACAGCUCAAUAACCUGGCAGACUCCAUUGAGGAGGGGACCAUGCCCCCUGAGCUGGUGGAGGUCAUCAGGAAGUUGUGGAAGGACCCUGGCAUUCAAGCCUGCUUUGACAGAGCUGCAGAGUUCCAGCUCAAUGACUCGGCAUCUUACUACCUGAACCAGCUGGACCGGAUUACAGACCCUGACUACCUCCCCAGUGAGCAAGAUGUGCUCCGAUCCAGAGUCAAAACCACAGGCAUUAUCGAGACCAAGUUUUCUGUGAAAGAUCUGAAUUUCAGGAUGUUUGACGUGGGAGGGCAGAGAUCAGAGAGGAAGAAAUGGAUCCACUGCUUUGAGGGAGUCACCUGCAUCAUUUUCUGUGCGGCUCUCAGUGCCUAUGACAUGGUGCUGGUGGAAGACGACGAAGUGAAUCGCAUGCAUGAGUCUUUGCACCUGUUCAACAGCAUCUGUAACCACAAGUUCUUUGCAGCCACCUCCAUCGUCCUCUUCCUCAACAAGAAGGACCUCUUCGAGGAGAAAAUUAAGAAAGUCCACCUCAGUAUUUGUUUUCCAGAGUAUGAUGGGAACAACUCCUAUGAGGAUGCCGGGAAUUAUAUCAAGAGCCAGUUCCUUGACCUCAACAUGAGAAGAGAUGUCAAAGAAAUCUACAGUCACAUGACCUGUGCGACAGACACACAGAAUGUCAAAUUUGUGUUCGAUGCAGUUACAGAUAUUAUCAUCAAAGAAAACCUCAAGGACUGCGGGCUCUUUUAAUGCUUGGUUCCUCGGGUGCACAUUCUACAAGCAGACUUAGAAUCUGAGAGACUUCGUGCAGAAGAUGAGUCAACAAGUGUCGGGCAUGACGGACAAGCCCAUUCUGUUGGAGAUACAGAAGGAACACUUACAACUGUCUUUCAAGUAGUGUGGCUAAUACAGUUUAACGAAUGCAAGGCCAAGGAGCCUAAGACCCGGGUUCCAGUACUAAUUCUGCUUAGUAGUGUAGAAGGACUUCCAUUUUUCCGAAGCAGAAGUCCCUCAUCUGUAUUUUGAAGGUAACUUCCUUACCUACUUCACAGGGCUAUACUGAAGAGCACAAACCUAACUGAAGAGAAAGCUCUUGGAAGCUGCUGUGGUCGGCCACAAAAAGCCCAUGAAGGUUGCAACUACCACACUUGGUUAUUAAGAGUAAAUUAUCUCAAAAUGUAACGGCAAACCUUCCUUACAUUGAGCGAUAAACUAUUAAAAAUUAAAUCUGCUCCUGGGUUUUUACUAGCAGAUCAAUAUGCCUCAGCUCAAUCGGCUCACUGGAUGAAGGAUGUGAGCCUACUAGUUUCUAAGGCACUCAUUCAGAAACGAUCAUCCUCAUUAAAAAUAAGUUAUCUCUCCCCCCUACCCUGGGUGCCCAAACAACUUCCUUUCUCUCUAUAAAUAACCGCUUAGCUAUCUAUGUAAGAGUGUGUGGCUGAACUCGAGGACACCAACACACUCCCACUUAGGACGUUACUGCUGCCACUUCUGUAUCAUAGAACUGGAACAAGAGACCAAUCUGAUUCUCAUUCCAACUGCUCCAGGCUUCCCAGGAACAAAAGCCAUUGCUGAGCUGGCUUUAGGCACUGGAAAUUUUUGCAGCUGGGUCCACGUGAGACUGGCUGCAAACAUCUUCCCAAACAAACCAGGGAUAAAUUAUUCCUUUGAGCUCCUCUGAGGGGAAAUGAAGCUUGCAUUUAUCUUGACAGGAGGUGGUGAAGCCAUGUAUAGAUUUAGCAUUUACAACUACUAGUGAGGAGAGCACUUGGCAUCCACGGUUUAGUAUAUAAAAGAAAGUGUCAAUUAACACGAAAAUCUGCUCCUUGCCAGAAACACCCAUUCACACUCAGAUGCUUCCAGCAAUAUUAAUACUACAGAGCCAGCCAGCAUCACGGGCUUGAAACGCACCAAAGAACCAACGUGAGACCACUGAAAUGAGGAUUUGCUCAACAGUCUGAAUGAGCAAAAGAAUACACACAUGCACACUGCAACCUGCCAGAAUCGCCAUAGGAACUACUCUAGGUAUGGCUAUUAAUAAAACAAAUAAAUAAUAAGCAAAGCCCAUCUGGGCAAAGCACUUGCACUAAAGGCAAUGCAGGAACUACGUUGAUGGCACACCUCAGUCAUCACUGACCCGUUUACUCUAACUCAGUAUACAAUGAUUCUGAGAAUGUUCUAGAUCAUGAACUCCUACAGCAGGAUGAGGAAGGCUAGGGAUCUCUCUUUAGAGUAACAGUUUGUUUGGUUUCUCUGUUUUUAUGAGAUGGGGGCUCAUGGUAUUACGGAAACUGCUCUUGAGUUUGAGGGUUCAAGAGAUCCACCUGCCUUACUCUGUGAAGAGCAGGACUACAGCCACACACCAGCAUCCCCAUCUCAGAAUGCUUUAAAAAGAAAAAAAAAAAGAUUUAUCCUUAUUCUACGUGGAUGAGUGUCUUGCCCGCAUAUGUCUGUGAACUACUUGCAUACCAGAUGUUCACUGAUGUCCAAGGAGGGCACCAAAUUUCUGGAACAAGAGCUACACAUGGUUAUGAGCCACCCUGUGGGUGCUGGGAACAGGACCCAGGUCCUCUGGAAGAACAACCGUAUUUUCAAACCACUGAGCCAUCACUCUGUCCCUCAGAAUGCUUUACAAUGCAUAAAAUAAAAUUCAGAAUUACAAAGGAAACAAGCAAAUUAAACAAUUUUCUCUGUAGACGCUGAAGCCCCAACUUUUAACAGAAACUGAGUUACAGCCAGUAGUGCCACACAGCUUUAAUUUCAGCGCUGCACCCAGGAGGCAGAGGCAGGGGCAUCUCUGGGAGUUCCAGGGCAGUCAGGGGUACAUAAUGCAACUCUGUCUCAAAAGGCAGAACCCAGAGCAUGGUUGUCUAUUCAAGCCCAAAACAGUUUUACCCCACUUGCUCCUUCUAAGAGAGCCGCCCCUCCGGACUGCACUGGUUUCUUUGCUUCUAUUGAUCUCUUUGGCUUCUAAUAUUCAUUUGCUCUCCAUUGUAAGAGCCAAUGGAACAGGAUUUUUGGCAAAGCAAUGAAAUUCUCAAGCCAAAACCAGCUGCAUUUUAGUCUUCUCCUGUUUUCUGACAGGUUAAUGUUUAACUGGCUCAGAGAUUCACAUAAUGUACCUUGCACGCACAUCUCACAAAAUGACUCUCUCGGCAGACACAGGAGACAGUGACUCCUGAGAGGCCCAUCUCCCUAGCUGCUCUCAAAUGACGUUAGGAUGUGGCCACAUACACUAACUCUGUGGGCCCCACUGGGACCCAUUCACCUGCUCGUCCACACCUUAGAACAAAGUCAAAAGGACUUCCUGAAACUUGGCUAAGGCUCCCCUCCAAGGAAAUGGGGAAACAUAGUUGCUGCUGCCAUUAGCCCUCGCCCCAGCUCAGCCUGUCCCUCAUUCCACUCUCUAGAGCUAUAGAGAAAGUCAAUUUUUACUUUCAUGUAAAUGGCCUGGUUUUUGAUUGAUUGUUUUGUUUCUGCUUGCUUGUUUUUUAUUUUUGAAACACCGUGUAGACCGUGUUGGCCUCAAACUCACAGAAACCCACCUGUCUGUCCCCCAGUUGUUGGGAUUCAAGGUGUGAACAACCAGGUUAAAUAGCCUAUUUUUAUCUCAGUCAUUCUGAUUAUGUGCAUGAAAGAUUUUGUGUAAAAAAAAAAAAACAAAUCUACGGCAUUUACUCUGCUCUUUCUUUUGUCUCAUUAAAAGCUGACGUUAGUCACUAUGUGAGAUGUCAUAUUCUUUGUAAGCCAGCAGAGAGUGUUCUCACUAGCCCACCCCUGUCUUCUAUUGCAACCUUAGUUCUUAGAAAGCUGAAUUCAACAGAACUCAGCUAAGAUAAACAGGUUCCCACACUGAACUGAGCAGCACAAAAGCAUAACCAAAUUUGUUUACUGGCCUAAGUUCCUGUUAUACAGCCUGAAACAGCACUGAGAGGCUGUGAGGCACUUCCCACCACCGCGUGGUUAGAGAACACUGUGACAACCUGGUAGAGGCUGCUAGAAUCUCACAUAAAUCAGAUGGGUAUUUUAAUACUGGGAUGACAGGACAGGACAAAUACUGUGUAAAUCCGCGUAUCUGUGGAACAUAAGAGCCUGAAAAAGAGAAGAGAAUGGUGGGCACGAGGGCUCGGAAGAAGAGGGAACUGGGAGUUACUAUUUAGCAUGUAGAGCUUCCCAUUAGGAGAAGAAAUAAACUGUGGAGAUGGAUGGGGGUGAAGGAAAUCUAAUAGUGGGAAUGUGCUCUUUACUUAAUUAUAAAACCUGGAGCUCCUGUUAUGUAUUCUUUCCUGCAGUAAAAACAAUGGAAAAACAAUUAGCAAUGUGCUGGGCACUUUCUGUGGGGAAAGGAACGAGACAAAAGCAGAAGCCAUUCAGUGGAAGACGCACGUACACUGACACGUCUGAAUCACUAUUCCCUGCUGUUUUCAAGGCCAAGCAGCAUUUCAACCCCACUCUCUGCUUGAAGAUGAGCCGGAGACUAAAGUGUGCCAUUGACGCCGGAGGUGCUGUGCUGGUAUGGUGGUGAAGGGGGAGGAGCUUACCUCCCACUGCCCUCUUUACCCAGCACAGCCCCCAGAGCUGACUCCACUGCUGGCCAGGGACUGCAAGUGCUAGAGCCUGGGGGUGCUGCCUGCGGUCACACAGGUGUACUGAGACCGAGAUGGGAACAUACCAGUGGGAACAGAAAAUAAGAUGGCUGAAUACAAAACAAAGACGUCACUCUGUUUUACAAGAAAAACAGAAAUUCAGGAUCAACUCCAUCCAUGUCUGCCACAUGCUGUCUGUGCAGCAGCUGCCGUAAACACAGGCGUUGUGGGACAUUAGUAUAAUCCUGAUUAUCAUAAAGCACGUUACACAACAUCUUCAAAUGUUUGUUUCUAUCUGGUCAAAAUUAUAGAGUAUCAUACCUGGUAUUUAUUUAGUGUGGCCCACCUAUGGACAGCACAAGAGGAACGCAAGACUGAAAGUGACCUGCUCAAAGGUUCACGGCUUAGGUAGAAGCCGCGAAGAGUGGAACCCAGCACUCCAAGUAAUUCUCAGUCUCCUAAGACUUCUAAGAGGUCUCAGGACUUUGUCCUACAUGAGCAAAGAUCUAAAAAAAAAAAAAAAGUAAUUUCUAGAAUUCUAUCUAUCUCUCUCACAAACUUGUCAGUUACACUGUCUGAAUAGCCCAAUGAAUAUCGAGGUGGGCCUGGAGAUAGGUACAAGAUGACAUAGGCCAGAUCACACAAAACCAAUUUAGCCAAUGUAUUAAAGUCAGCCAAUUUAAUAUACUGCAAUAAUGUAUCACUAAUUAUUUAUUACUUCUGCCACCUUGUGAUCCCCAUACAUGCAUAUUUAUCUGUUAUUACACAUAUUUGUCACAGGAGAUCUAUCUAUCUAUCUAUCUAUCUAUCUAUCUAUCUAUCUAUCUAUCUAUCUAUCAUCUAUCCUAUCUAUCUACCUAUCUAUCUACCUAUCUAUCUAUCUAUCUAUCUAUCUAUCUAUCUAUCUAUCUAUCUAGUUCGGCUUUUUAAGACAGGGUUUCUCUAUGUAGUCCUGGAACUUGCAUUGUAGACCAGGCUGGCCUUGAACUCACUGAGAUCUGCCUGCUUCUGUUUCCCUGAGUGCUGGGAUUAAGGGUGUAUGCCACCACUGCCUGGCCUUGUCACAAGAUUUUUUUAAACAUUUUACUGCAUAAAUAAAUACUGUAAAUAAAUGAUGUGGAAAUAAAUGUUUGUGUGCCCCAAGUCUCUUGAAAUUCUGCAUAAAAAUCAAAUACUCUGCAUCUGAGCUGUAGAAAUGGUUUGACCCAGCAGCCCUCAUACCAAUUGUCUGUACGUAAGGCACUUUUAAGGCAUGUGAGAAAAUAAAUUUAAAAAUGUUAAGACAUUUUAUUUCCGUGUAUGAGUGUUCUGCCUGUAUCUAUGUAUGUGCUUGACCACCACUUGUACCUGGUGUCACAGUCCCAGGAACUGGAGUUAUCAAUGGUGGUGAGCUGUCAUGUGGGUGCUGGGAACUAAAAUCAAAUCCUUGGGAAAAGCAGCCAGUGCUCUUAACUACUGAGAUAAUCCCUAACACCCAGAAGUAUUUCUAAGUUACUGACAGAAACCCUGUCAUUCACUAGUGACUUUGCGAUUAUGCAUGAAUACAUGUUUUUCUUAAUAUUAGUCUGUUCUGUUGCCUCAAAUUUACUUUAAACAAACAAACAAAAAAACCACAUUUCCCCAAGUUCAGUUAGUCGGGGAAUCUGCAUAAAUUAACCAUGCACUCCAAGUGUCACCAUCAUUCCUCAGGACUGUGUGUGUGCAUGCGUACAAGAUGAAAGAACAAAGACCUUGACCAUUAUGGAAAUCAGUAUCCUUGCUUCUAAAGAGAAACCUUUAUUUCCACUUCCUAAAAAUUCAUAUUGAAACCAAGUUUCCAUGGCAAGCCUCUAGAUGUCCUGUAUUUUGUGUGUGUGUGCUUAUGGAAACCAUAUAAUAAUGUACAAUGGUCAGAGUCACAUGGGAGCUCUGUCUGAUCCAGUUCAGGUCUCUGGUCUGUUCUAUGGAGCCUGAGAAAGAACACAAUAAUCACCUGGGAUAGAGGCAAACUAAGCUAACAUUUUCCCGACAGUUAGCAGCAUACAAGGAAAGCAAGAUUCCCAAACACUAACACUCACCAACCUGAGUGCUAUUUAGCUUUGAUCAGAGGACUGUGAUUGACAUCCUUAACAUCCGGAAGAGGGAAAAGUCAAAGAAAAGUUUUUAAUUAAAAUGAGACUGCCUUCACUUUCUAGGUGAUUUCAAUCCACAAAGAGUCCUGCAACAAGCGCUUAACCAGCGGGAGAUAUGACUGUGACACGUCAGCCCAGAGAAGCACUAGCUAAAGCCACAGCUACAAACAGCAACGGCAGCCAGGAAAGCCAGGGGGUGGUGGCACACGCCUUUAUCCCAGCACACAGGAGGCAGAGGCAGGCAUAUCUGUGAGCCUCAAGUCUGUAAAGUGGACAGCCAGGACUGUUACAAAAAACACAGGGGAGAGGGAGGGAAAGAGGGAGCGAUUGGUUAAAAAGUCUAUGUGUAUGUAAAACUAUAUGAGAAUUUUUAAAAGAAUUUUUUUUUUUUGGUUUUGCAAGGCAGGGUUUCUCUGUAGCUUUGGUGCCCGCGUGCGCCACCACUGCCCGGCUAAAAGAAAAAAAAUUUUUUUUUAAAUAUUUAUUUAUUAUGUAUUCAUUACAUUAUUUAUUAUGUAUUCUGUCUGUGUGUAUGCCUGCAGGCCAGAAGAGGGCACCAGACCCCAUUACAGAUGGUUGUGAGCCACCAUGUGGUUGCUGGGAAUUGAACUCAGGACCUUUGGAAGAACAGGCAGUGCUCUUAACCUCUGAGCCAUCUCUCCAGCCCCCAAGAAAAUUUUUUAAUUGGUCCACUUGUCCUAUGAUUUUAGUAGCUUUUAAACAGUAACAACCCAUCAAUUAAGUAAUACAGUGAGCUAGAGCUGUACAAUUUAGAAUUCGAAUUAUCUAAGAUGAAAAUAUUAUGUGAAGAUCCAGUGACAGACACCGGUAAUAGUUUCAGGAGUUUCACGGCAGGUGUAGUCUUUUACAAGCCUGAACUGAUUAGGUGAGGAAAGACAGUCCAUUAGAGGAAUGCCUCCCAUCUGCCCAAACUUCCAUUCAGGAGAAGAUGUGGCUGUCAACAACAAAGGCUAUGGUUGCCAUCUUCCCAACUAAGGUCAAUCUAUUGUUUUUUAAUUAAAUAAACACUAAUUUUCUUAGUUGACUUCUUAGAUGAUCCAAAGGUCUGGCCACCUCAAAAUGAACAUUAUCCAUUAUAAAACUCCACCAUUUUCCAGAUGAAACUCCUAACUUUCGGCUUCAAUCUUUUUCCUCCAGGCUCAUAGGAUGUUUAACUCCCACAUUCUGACUCUGCCUAGGAAAUGUUGAACACAAGUUAGAGAUCUGAAAGCCUAGAUGAACAGAAGCACUUUAGAGUUCACAGAUCACCAGCCCAUGGCCAAGAAGUCAAUCUCUUCAGACAGUUUCGGUGUCAUUUUCCCCCUAGGGUCAGCUCUGAAAACUCAAACUGCCCCCUCCCAUCCUAAAUGAAGGUAUCUGGCUGGUUAGGAUGAUUCCAUGUAAACAGAAAGCAAUAGAAGUAGUAUGUAGAGGCCAAGAAGUGGAGAACUUCUAUUUUUAAUUAACAGAAAGGUUUAAAAAAUAGACAGAUUCAAAUGAAAAAUACAAAAUGCAUUCUAACGUAAAAUUAAGCAUGGAUUAUCUAUUAUUUUAAUUAUCAACACCAUUUCAUUAAACCCAAAGUAUAGAAAAGUCAUGAAAACAACAUUUCACUAGUUCUUGUUCCCAGAUAUUUUAUAUUACAGAAUACAGCAAAGGAAAGACAAGUUCAGAGUAGGACUUAGGAACCCCUACACUUGGGAAUUAGGUCAAUUGCUGAUUAAAAUCAAUACUUUCCUUUCUUUCAGACAAUAUUUUCCUAGACCUAAAGAAAUGCAUGUCAGAUAAUAGUUAUACUGUCUGCACAAGAAUGAUUUCCCCGUGAGAAUUAAAAAUUUUAAAAGCUGCUGGCAAAGGCACUGGUCACUGUGGCUUGCUCUCCGAAGCAGUUCUGACCACCAACCUUUUAAAUGAGUAGGAGGUGUCAUCAAAA